CCAAACCAAACCAAAUCAAAGCCAUCAAGAAGCCCACAGCCAGGUCCCCCAACCACCAUCGUUGGCACCGACAACAGGGGACCUGCUCUAGCCACGGCACCGCCGCUCAGCGCAUAGAUGCCGUACUUAUUGCGUCGAAAGGGCUUCGUCUUGCCAGAAAUUGCUGCGGCUCUGUACUCAAACUCAAAAGAGUACAAGAGAACAGGCUAAGUGGAGUGCCAACCAGCCCCCAUUGCGAAUAAGAAAAGAAAAAGAAAAGCAGCAGCCCAAAAUCCUGCCUGAUGAAGAGAGCCAAAGCCCCCAAGCCGAAAAGAAAGGAGGACAUGCUUUACCCUUGCAAGCGUGCUCUCAGGCUUGCCAUGCAUACGUAUGACGACGCAACGGCACAAGCGCACGAGCAGACACGUAAACAAACAAGCCAAAGAAAAGGACGAAAAAAGCAGGAUUCAAAAACGCUCAGAAAUGCUAAACACACUGACCGACAACAACCAGAAGGGGAGAGUUUCAGUACAUACAAGCUCGCUAGCGCCAUGGCGCUAACAGAAGCAGCAAGCAAGCCAGAAAAGAAAAAAAAAAAAAAAAAAAAAAAGAAAAAAAAAAUACAGACCAAAAAACUACUACUACUAGUAACUACUAAAACCAAGCGCAAGAGCAAUGGUGCAGCAAAGAAGAGGGACAGCCACGGCUUGCGGUUACCGAGACAAGCCGACCAAACGGCAUCGUCAUCGUGACCAAAACCAGAGGAACAGCAGCGCUAGCAGCGUCUCUGGCGUCAAAAGCAGCAAGUCCGCAAAGCC